UCGUGCAUGCGCAGAGCGGGGAGACCUUGGCGAGGCGGCGGAGACGCUUAGCGGAGGUGAAAGCUUUGGCGGAAAGGAAAGUCCAGCGGCAACAUGCAGAGCUGGAGUCGUGUGUGCUGUUCGUUGGCUAAGAGAGGCCAUUUCAAUAGAAUAUCUCAUGGUCUGCAAGGAGUUUCUGCAGUGCCACUGAGAACUUAUGCAGAUCAACCAAUUGAUGCUGAUGUAACAGUGAUAGGUUCUGGUCCUGGAGGAUAUGUUGCUGCUAUUAAAGCUGCCCAGUUAGGCUUCAAGGCAGUCUGCGUUGAGAAAAAUGAAACACUCGGUGGAACAUGCUUGAACGUUGGUUGUAUUCCUUCUAAGGCUUUAUUGAAUAACUCUCAUUAUUACCAUAUGGCCCAUGGAAAAGAUUUUGCAUCUAGAGGAAUUGAAAUGUCUGAAGUUCGCUUGAAUUUAGAGAAGAUGAUGGAGCAGAAGAGUAAUGCAGUAAAAGCUUUAACGGGUGGAAUUGCCCACUUAUUCAAACAGAAUAAGGUUGCUCAUGUAAAUGGAUAUGGAAAGAUAACUGGGAAAAAUCAGGUCACCGCUACGAAAGCCGAUGGCAACACUCAAGUUAUUGAUACAAAGAACAUUCUUAUAGCCACAGGUUCAGAAGUCACUCCUUUUCCUGGAAUUACGAUUGAUGAAGAUACAGUAGUGUCAUCUACAGGUGCUUUGUCUUUAAAAAAAGUUCCAGAAAAGAUGGUUGUCAUUGGUGCAGGAGUAAUAGGUGUAGAAUUGGGCUCAGUUUGGCAAAGACUUGGUGCAGACGUGACAGCAGUUGAGUUUUUGGGUCAUGUUGGUGGAAUUGGAAUUGAUAUGGAGAUAUCUAAAAACUUUCAACGCAUCCUUCAAAAACAAGGAUUUAAAUUUAAAUUGAAUACUAAAGUUACUGGUGCUACUAAGAAGUCAGAUGGAAAAAUUGAUGUUUCUAUUGAAGCUGCUUCUGGUGGUAAAGCUGAAGUUAUCACUUGUGAUGUACUCCUGGUUUGCAUUGGCCGACGACCCUUUACUAAGAAUUUGGGACUAGAGGAGCUUGGAAUUGAGCUGGACCCUAGAGGUAGAAUUCCAGUAAAUACCAGAUUCCAAACUAAAAUUCCAAAUAUCUAUGCAAUCGGCGAUGUGGUUGCUGGUCCAAUGCUGGCUCACAAAGCAGAGGAUGAAGGCAUUAUCUGUGUUGAAGGGAUGGCUGGUGGCGCUGUGCACAUUGACUACAAUUGUGUACCGUCGGUGAUUUACACACACCCUGAAGUUGCUUGGGUUGGCAGAUCAGAAGAGCAGUUGAAAGAAGAGGGUAUUGAGUACAAAGUUGGGAAAUUCCCAUUUGCUGCUAACAGCAGAGCUAAGACAAAUGCUGACACAGAUGGCAUGGUGAAGAUACUUGGGCAGAAAUCAACAGACAGAGUAUUGGGAGCACAUAUUCUAGGACCAGGUGCUGGUGAAAUGAUAAAUGAAGCUGCUCUUGCCCUGGAAUAUGGAGCAUCCUGUGAAGAUAUAGCUAGAGUCUGUCAUGCACAUCCGACCUUAUCAGAAGCUUUUAGAGAAGCAAACCUGGCUGCAUCAUUUGGCAAAUCGAUCAACUUUUAAAUUAGAAGAUUAUAUUUUUCUGAAAUUUCCUGGGAGCUUUUAUAGAGACUUUGAAGAAAAACACAGCAGCACCACUCAGCUGUGUUGUGGCGGAUGGACUACAGGAGGGAUUCCGAAUGUCUGAUGUAACAUGAGCACAGAUCCAGAGCAUGGAGUACCAGCUCUGUACAUAAGCAGCUUCAAGCCCAUACAAUCCCACCAACUCGAAAGAUGUGACUCCAGUGUACAAUUAUGCCUCCCAGCCACCCGCCAAAAAUGCUCUCAUGUGAACCUCAGGGAUCUCCUUCAAGAUGGGACAUUCAGAAAGCAAGCCCCACCGCCACCAGGAAGACAGUGGGAGCAACCCAAAGGAGCUUUUCAUACCCGACCCCCUUCAAGCCACGUCCCAUCAAAGGAGCCUCCUCCUUCCACCAACAAAGCAACCCUUUUGUUUUUCCUGAGAAAGAAGGUAUUACCAGUAAGAAUGGAAUAUGAUAACCAUUUAGCUUUCACAAUAUUUCAUUUGGAAUCUAAACCCAACUGCAUUUUGUUCUGUAUCUUCCUGUCUCCAAAGCUGUACUUUAGGCAUCUAUUUGUAAAUUACUCGUAUAUACAGUGUGCAUGUGUGUAUGUAUCUCAAAGAAAGGAAUAUUUGAGAAGACCUUACCCCUGGGUAUCACCUAACUGAGUAUUAUUGUCUUCUCAGGAAUACAAUCGUACAAAAAACUGGGAAAAUGCAGAGAUGCUGAAAGGUUGGGGGCCAAUCGAAAAAUGAUGUUUAAGGCUGAGAGAAUACCAUGACCCAACUCAAAGAAAAAGUGCUUAAAAGGAUUUCGGGUUAAAUUACAUUUUGUAAACCUGAUGGCUGUUUUCCUGAGGCUAGUUUCUUUUCUUUCAGUGCUUUGCUUUUAUUAAUCGGUUGAUUCACAGAAGGCUUUCAUUUCUCCUCAGGUCUCGUACAAUGUUAUAAUUUUACAAAGUCAAAUCUCACAUUGUAUAUUUGUAAAUAAUGCCCCUUUGGAUCCUAGACCAUGCGUCCUUGGAUACUGUGUUGAAAAAAGAUUGAUGAAAUUGGUGUUCCCGAGGUGAUUACAAUCUGUCUGAUUAGGUGAAGAGUGACGGUAGGACCAGGGCUGUCUGAGGAGUGUAGUCGCUCUUCUGGCAGGCUCUUGAUGGAUACCAGAUUUUCUUGUUUUCCCUUAAGGUGCAUGACACCCAGGCCAAAGAAAUCAUUUCCUAAAUGGGCUUGCACUCAGACCAGGGCCUUCCACAGCUCGUUAUCGCUACAUGCAAGAAGGCUGAGCUGUACCACGGUCUUUUUAAUGAGGUUAAAUUUCUCACUAAGUGCAUUAUGGCCCCGCAUCAGACAUCGCCUAACACCCUGGUCAACCGCAUGAUCUUGGCCGUGAGAUCUGAGGCUUGAAAUCAAGGGACUAGUUACUUUAAAUCUAGAAGGUCUAGGAAGGACCUCCUACAAGGUACUUGAGGCUAAUGUCAGCGGUCAGCUUCCUGCUUCUCAUACACAGCACUGAGAUGAAAAGGCCAUCACACAAAAAUGUUACCGUAGUUCUGUCAUGAUAUAAUAUCGCCUUAAUGUAUAGGACUUAGCCAUGAAACAACCCCCGUGCUCAUGCCAAAUGGUGAGUCUACAAUAAAAACCCAUAGCAUUUGGGGAAACACAAAUGCUUCAUACCCUUU